CUCACGACCAGCACGACACAAGGGGGCCGAGCCCCAAAUCUCACCCGCCACCCUCGCUUCGCGAGCCUUCUCGUCCUCGAACAAGAAACCCUAGCGCCGCCGCUCGCCGGCGAUGGAGGCGCCGGACGAGGAGGCGGGCCUGGGGCUCCCGGAGGACGAGCGGCUUCUGGAGGUCACCAUCAUCUCCGCGCAGGGGCUGAAGCCGCCAUCUGGCCUGCGGCGGCGGCUGCAGGCGUACGCCGUGGCGUGGGUUGACGCGGCGCACAGGCUUCAGACGCAGCCCGACUGCUCCGGCGGCGUCGAUCCGGCGUGGCAUGAGCGGUUCCUCUUCCGCGUGCACGAGGCCGCGCUCGCCGAGGAUUCCCGCGCUGCCGUCACCGUGGAGAUCUACGCUGCACCGAACGGGGCCUGGCACAUCGGCGGGGACUCCCUGAUCGGAUCCGCGCGCUUCCUCCUCGGCGACAACUGCCUCCUAUCCCGCCCCGUUGGGUCCCCGGCUAUGUUCGCGGUCGGCGUCCGUCGCCCCUCCGGUCGUGUCCACGGCCUCCUCAACGUGGCUGCCAGCCUCGUUGCUGCGCCGCCAUCUCCGGCGGCCUCCCACGCCCUCAGCCGCUCCCCCGCCGUCUCUCUCAGCGGCCUACCCCCUGCCGUCUCCAUCAGCAGCCUCUCCACGGCGCCCGUAUCAGGCCGUGUGCUCCGCGUCCUCAACCGCGCGCACCCGACACCCCCACCUUCUCCUAAGGUGAUCACGCCCAAGAAGCCGCCGGCUGCCGUGAAGCCUAACAAUAAGGGAGUGGAAAACCAACAGGUCGCGGUGAAGCCGAACAACAAACAUGGCGACGAUGCCAGCGAUCAGGACGGGGAGGAGGAGGAGAUGGGGUAUAUGGGCGGGGUGAUGUUUUGCGGGCCUUGCGUCUUACCAUUCCCAAGAAAGAUCCACACCAGCUCCUCUGAUGAGAACCUGCAGGCCUUCGCUGGCAUCUUCUCCGGCGGAGUUGGCAUCGCCAGACAGAGCCUGAGCCCCCGUCACUGAGGAGCCUAUGCAAAGCAGGUUCAUUCUUUCAGUUGGUUACUCGAGUUGUCAUGGAGAUAGUCUGUUCUUGUGGGUAAUUAGUUUUCUUGAGGCCGAGGAUAUAGUGCUGAGUUGUAUCAUAACAUCUCUUGCCACUACUGCCAGUAUAUUACUGUGAAUUUAAUGGAAUUGUAGAGUGCUAGUUCUGCAAGAAAUGAAUUUGAACUUUAAGGAUUGUAGAGUUUUAUUCUGUUCUUGAUAUUGGAAGAAACCUGCUUCUUGUUUAAUAGAUUGAGGAUUUCACUGGGAGCAACACUUAUCUGCAUUGGACAAGUCUGAUUACCUCCAUCCAUCUUGGCGGGGUUUUGUGGAUGUAUACCUUUUGCCUCAUAUCUACAAUUCACCAAUUACAGUGCUAGCUGCUGCUGAAUUGUUGAGUUGGGUAAUGCAUAUUUCUUUUAGCUUUCUUGAUGUUACAGAGGUAAUUGCAUGGUUGUGCUGGUGGAUUGGGUGUAUUGUAGUGCCAUUACACAGAUGUCAAACAUUUGUUCAAAUGAUAGGUGGAACUUUGGGCAUGAUAUGGCAACAUGUUCUGCUAUUUUCAUGUGAUAACUAUGAUUUAUAUUCCUUUUGUUUUUGUUCUUGAAGGCGAAACUUGUUACAUACUUACAUCAUGAUUCAUGUUUGGUCCUUUUUUA